ACUGCACAUGAGACACAUUUUCAACCAGCCACGCUGGGAGUUUGAAAACAAAUACAGCACAGACAGAAAAUAUUACUUAUCUGAGGGAAUACAUCUGUUAAACAUGGCUAGUGGAACAGUAGUGCACAUUCCCUUUAAUGGUGCCAACACAUAUCAAGCAGGCCAGGGAUUUCCUGAUACAGGUACUGAUAUACAACAACUAGGGCAGCAGUUUGGAAGCCCCAGCAACUCACCUGAGCAGAAUCCUCAACCGGGACCUCUAGAGAAACUUGCCAAAGUGGAGCUCAAGACUUUGGGGGCUGUCCAGAUCAUGAUUGGAUUAAUACAUUUUGGAUUUGGGGCUGUUAGUUUUGGAUGGCUCAUGGCCUUUGGAGGACUUUUUUUUAUUGCUUCCGGAUCGCUAUCUGUGGCAGUUGAGAAACGUCUGACACUUGGAUUGGUGCAAUGUAGUGUGGGGAUGAACUUGAUAAGCGCCAUAAUAUCAUUGAUUGGCACUAUUUUCUAUAUAGUAGGUUUGAUUGCAGUUAAUCGCUACGUCCAUUCAAAUUGCUCUCAUCGAGAUAACUUUGGAUUCACAAUGAUUCAAAAUGUCACAACUGGAAUCUAUAUCUUGCUCCUCUUGUUCAUUUUGUUGGAGUUCUGCAUCACUGUUUCUGCAAUACACUUUGGGUGCCAGGCAACCUGCUGUAAAAGUGACCCGGAGGCUGUGGUUUAUGUGCCAUGCACUAUCGGUGGGGAUACGAUGAUGCUUCCUGAAAUCCAUCCUUCUGCUCCUCCAAUUUAUGAGUCUCUGGAGCCUUGUUUCAAGGGGAAUGAAGAAUAAAUGGAGGAAAUUAUGAGAGCCAUUGCACCAGCCAUGUCUGUCAUCCAGGCACCUCAGAAGUAAAAUAUGAAGCAUUUCCUUUUUCAAAUUUUGCAAAAUGUAUUACAGCUACUGAGAAUAUAUUGCACUAAAUGGCAUUUAGUAGAUUACUGUAUAUACUCAGGUACAAGUCAACCUCUUGUAGAAAGCAAUGGAAGGUUUGGGGACCAAAAUCAGGGAUUUCAAUGUGACCCAAGGGAGACCACUUUCAAAAAUGCCUGACCACCAUUUCCCUGCCUACCCAUUCAAAAAGGCCAAAGGCAGCACCGUGCCAAAGAAGGUAGAAGAACUGAGUUCUUCUUUGAGGCCCCUUCUACACUGCCCUAUAUCCCAGGAUCUGACCCCAGAUUAUCUGAUUUAAACUGGAUUAUAUGGGUCUCCACUGCCAGAUAAUCUGGAAUAAACAAAUAAUCUAAGAUCAGAUCCUUCUACACUGCCCUGUAUUCCAGAUUAUCAAAGCAGAUAAUCCACAUUAACUACCAUAUAUUCCAGUUCAAAGCUGAUAAUCUGGAUUUUAGAUAGCAGUGUAGAAGGGGCCCAAGUCUCUCCUGUACCAAGGUAAACUCUUGCCUAGCAGAAUGGGGUGGUUCCUUUUUAAAUAGUUAGGAUACAGUAGUCACAUUCAGCUACGUUUUGGGGGUUAUUUUUUGACUAAAAUUUCUACAUUUAUACAUGAGUAUAUAGGGCAAUGUUUUUAUUUCAAAAACAUCCGCUGAAAAUGACAAGAAGUUGUCUUGCUGGGUUCAGAAGCUCCACAGGCUCCAUCACCACCUAAGCAAGUAAGGACCUUGCAAAGACUAUUCAUAUUUGGGUGCAGUAAGGAGGGUCCCAGUCUGGAACCCAGAAACAGUUAUCAAAUGUAUAAGCAACAUUCAGUAACGUUCUCUGGUUCUUCUAGGCUGUGCACUAUGGAGGUCCAAACAUCACUAACUGAAAGCCUUUUGAUCAUUUUAAGUGAUCUCUUCCUUCAUUUUUCCAGCUUAAAUGUAUUUAUACACAAGCAGUAUUAAAAAUAUGAGUCAAAGGAGACACUUUUUCCUUCUUUCCCUUAUGUAAAAGGGGUGACACUUCUAUGAAAAGGCCAAUUGUCACACCCCCUUAAAGAAAAUAUAUACUGUCUCCCUCAUUAGAAUGACUGUAUUAUUAAUAUGAACACAAUAUCACUGAUUGAUUAUUGAAAUAUGUUUAAGCUAUGUAUUUUAUUUGGAAAUGACAUGUCUAUAAAUAUGAAUAGUUAAGAAGUCAAAAUUGUAUAUGGUCCACUAUGCUUUCAUAGCAAAUUCUGUAAGCAAAUUACUUCAAAAUGUUUGAAGCUGUAAUGUAAAAGAAUUCUGUCUUAACUAUUCAUAUUUAUU